UUUAAGUAAGCUAUGGAUCAUAAAAGUGGUUGUACUCAUUCAAAUUGCAAUAUAACUACCCCAAAUGCAUCUGUGCACCAGACACUUUCAGAAAUGGAUUGGGAAAGGGGAAUAUGGAAUGCAGCAUUUUCAGGAGACACUGAUAGAGUGCAAUUAUUGAUUGACAAAACAAACAAUAUUUUGGAACUUGUAAACAGUGUUGACAAUUCUGGUUAUACUGCACUACAUUACGCUGCACGUAAUGGACAUGAUAAUAUAUGUAGUUUACUUCUACAAUAUGGAGCACAAAUCAAUGCUUCGACUAGGAGUGGCAAAGCUACAGCUCUACACAGAGCAUCUGCAGCAGGGAAAGAGAAUACAGUAGUUCUCCUUAUUAAGAGUGGAGCACAGCUAGACAUUCAAGAUGCAGAUGGUAAAACACCACUCCAUAAAGCGGCAGAAAAUCAAAAUCCUAACAUAGUGAAAAUUUUACUAAAUGCUUGUCCUAAAUUAAGAGACAUGAAGGAUAAUAAGGAUAACUUGGCCGUUUAAUUGAAACAAAAUCAUUUGAUAUGACCCUUUAUCAUUCAUAAUAUUACAUGUCCACUUAAAACAAUUUCAAAUCAUCUAUUUUUUUAAAUAUGCAUAUGUCUAAGUGUAUUUAUUUUUUUCAAUCCAAUUUGUACGAACUAUAGAUUAAUAAAUAGAAAUGUCAAAUUAAUUUACUUUUUAAAACAAGUUUAAAAGUAUAAACACUUGAAAAGCAAUAUUUACUUUGUCUUGGUAUGACAUUAAAUUACUUUCAUAUUUUGUAAAUGAAAUGUACUAAUAAUUUUUUAAACAGCAAUAUAUUGUGUAAGGAGUCUUGUUUUAUAAACAUUCUGUACAAAUUGAAUUGAAAUCGACUAAGUGAUAUUUUUAAUAUUAUAAAAAGAAUAUAAUCCUAAUAUAUUGGUUAGCUUUAUAUUAAACUAUUUCCUUAUUAAUUUAAUAAAUUUAUCAAAUGGGUAGGCAUUUAAAAUCGCUUAUAUUAUGAAUAUUAUAAAGUGACUGUUUCACAUUAAUUGAAAAACCCUGUUUUUCUUUUUAAGGAUAUUUGAUGAUUCUAAUACAAACAACAAAUAGAUCUUCUAAUUUAUUAUGUAUUCUCAAAGGAUUUUUAUGAAUGCUUACACAUUUAUAGUUAUAUACAGUAUUUAUUACAACAUUUAGUUAUUAUUGAAUGCAUAUAGGAUAUUCUUACCAUUAAUAACAAAUAAUCUGAGAUCAAAACCUAUCUUUCGUAGACAAUUUAUUAGUUUUUUCGAGAUAAUGUAUUUUAAAGAAAAAAAAAAAACAUUUCAUCUAGAAAAAAUCAUAAAUUACUAUAUUAUAUCACUAGAUGUAGUUUCCUUAAUAAAAAAUGUUUAUAUUUUCACUACUGUACACCUUUGUAUAUCUAGAUUUGAUCUUAAUUAAAAAAAAAAAAGAAA